CGUUAAAACCAGAGCGCAACUUAUUUACCCCGCGAGGAAAAGUUUUAGCUUUAAGUUUAGCUCGCUAGCGUUAAUACGUCGGGCCAACGUAAUUAGCCAUUUAAGCUAACUCCAGUAAAGCUAGCGAAUACAAAAACGGUGGCCCCUUCUUUCAAAGUCCUUAGUUACUUGCUUCUACGUGUAGGCCUACACGAUUACCCAAAUAAUUGUUUUUAUCGAGUUAUAGUUGGUUAAUGUCUAGACUCGGUGGUGUAGUGAAGCUAGCUUCAUCCACUGGUUACAGGCCUACUGCUAAUAGAAAAUGGAUGCUAGCCGACGAUUACUGGAGAAAGAUUGAGAUUUCAUCCUAUAUUCAUCGAGGUUUAUUUCAUUUCGCAUUAUUUAUAUAUCUGGCAGUAUUUCUUUCAUUUGGGUAAUUAAGAUCUGGAUAAUAUUUGGGUAACAUUAGUGCAUUUUCGGGCGAGAGGCCUACUUUUUCCUAAACUCUCGUUUCCACUCUUGAAGCGAGUCUGGUUUGAAAUAGCCGACUUCCUGUGUCAGUAGCGAAAGGAGGGAAACAAACAACACUGGAAGGAUGGAGGAUACAGGGUUUUGUAAUUUGCCGCUCAGUCAGGAUUCAUUCCCUGAACUGUGGCAGAGCGUAUUAACCCCUUCCCUCUCAGACAUAACAAUCAAGGCUGAGGACCCUCCAGGUCAAAACGGGUCAAUGUGUUUGUUGCUUCUAAAUGAUCAGGAACUUGCAGAGGGCUUCGAUGAAAACCUCUUCGAUAUGCCCACUGACAUGUUACCUGAUGACGGUGUCACUCCCCCGGCUGCCACCGUCCCAGUUACAACCGACUACCCUGGAGAGUAUGGUUUCCAACUGCGUUUUCAGGAUGCUGGCAUAGCUAAGUCCGUCACUACCACUUUUUCGGUGCCUCUCAACAAACUGUUUUGCCAGCUUGCAAAGACGAGUCCUAUUGACAUUCUGGUUAGUAAGGAGCCUCCCCAAGGAGCUGUCCUCAGGGCCACGGCCGUUUAUAAGAAGACUGAGCAUGUGGCAGAGGUGGUCCGUAGAUGUCCCCAUCACCAGAACGAGGACGCUGCUGAGCACCGCAGCCAUCUGAUCAGAGUGGAGGGCACUCAGUCUGCCCAGUACUGUGAAGACACGCACACAAAGAGGCAGAGCGUCACUGUCCCCUAUGAACCCCCACAGUUGGGCUCAGAAAUGACGACCAUCCUGCUGAGCUUCAUGUGCAACAGCUCCUGCAUGGGGGGCAUGAACCGCAGACCCAUCCUCACCAUCCUGACCCUUGAAACUCAGGAGGGCCUGGUUUUGGGACGGAGAUGCUUUGAGGUGCGUGUCUGUGCAUGUCCAGGAAGGGACCGCAAAACUGAGGAGGAGAAUAAGCACAAGACCCAGACUGGAACCAAACAACCAAAAAAACGCAAGAGCGCCCCUCCUCCCGACACGGCAUCCACCAAAAAGGCAAAGUGCACCUCUAGUACCGAGGAUGAGGAACGGGAUGUGUUUGUUCUCCAUAUUCGUGGGCGGGAACGGUUUGAGAUGCUGAAGAAAAUUAACGACGGCCUGGAGCUGCUCGACAAGGAGAGCAAACCCAAGUCCAGGGGCCAUGCAAAAUUUCCUCAGCCCGCGUCUGGCAAGAGACUCUUGCAUAAAGGCGACAAAAGCGACAGCGACUGAGCGGCAAGUUGCCUUCGUCGUUUAAACCAGCAUCAUCUCUAUAUGCUUCCAAGCCAUCGGUUUGUUUCAAGUUUUUACCCGCCAUGAAAAAACCCAAAUCACGUCCUGCCUCAGAGUUUGAUCCUUUAACUGUGUUGCCUGAUCGGGUACUGUACCGUACUGUACAGAGUUGUGCUGUUUUUUUUUGUUUUUUCCCACAUAUGCAAACAAAUAAAGGUUGAAUGGAUUGUGUUAGGGAGAGCAGUUCGUCCUGUUGACACUCUGCUCCUUCUCCUCACUGCUCUCAUUGCUUUUGGAGAUUCUGGAAAUUAUCCUGGAGAUCUCAAACCUUCUUACGGUUGCUCAGAACCAGAUGUUGGGGUGACACCUAAACAUGGGAGGGACUGGAUUUAAUCAGUGUUAAAUUCUGCAGGGAACUUAUUUAAUUUGACUUAAACAUUUUACGUUAAUCAUGUUCUGUGCGGUUAAACUGCCUUUACCCCAGUCAGGGAAAAACUGAAGAGUUUACACCUUCAUUUUAUUUGACUUUUUUUAAUAUUGUUUCCGUUUCAUUUGAGUGACAAGAACAUGUCAUGGUCCAAGUGUGUAGAAUUUAGUGGCAUCCAGUGGAGAGGUUGAACAUUGCAGUUACUUGAAUCCCAACACUGACGAGUUAAAUUGAAACUGAAAAAAACUUUAUUCGUUCUGAUUUGACACAUUUAUAUGACACAAGUCACUGCCAUUUAUUGGAAAGAGUAUAAAGACCUACUUGUAAAAGCUGUAUCGAUGUUUACCUCCCGUAAUGUUGCUGUACUGUACCACAGCCCAAACCAAUCCAUACACUGUCAGAACCCUUUUACCUUUUCAUGUGUUACCGUUGGGAGUCCAACUCUGUCCAGCUUUGAUUAUAUUUACUGUAUAAGCAGGUUUAAAAUUCAAAGAAAAAAAAAAAAGACAAGGUAGCCAGUGUAACGCAAAACUAACUGAUUCACAACAUGGUAUUAACUGAUCAUAUUUCAGUGUGGCUUUUUUUUGUUUUGUUUUGAUUUAAACUGUCAUUUGUAUUUGUUUUUUUUCUUAUUACAAAGAGCUGUAAAUAUAUUUUCAAGUAUCCAUAUAUUAUCUGUAGUGUUACUUCUUUUUACACAAUGAUAAUCAUAGGGAACAUGUUUUGUAAUGAUUUUUGUUCAAAUUAACACUAGAUUUGGUAGACAAAGGGCUGGCUGGUUCGCCCCCAAAACUAAUCCCUCAUCAGUUUUAUCCAGAACACUGUGCACAUCAUGUCUUGAGAGAAAAGAAGGACCUUAAACGAAACUGUGACGGUGAUAGACACUCGGUCUAAAUUUAUAUCUUACAGGACUUUCAAUUAUCAAGAUUGUGUGUAUUCCAAGCAACUCUAAGAUUUUAAAAAGAUGAGGUUGAGUUUUAAACUGUGACUUAAACCAUUUUUUUUCCCACACAACAAUUUGUCAUUUAAUCAGCACUUCAGUUUAUUGUGACCAAUCACUGUCCUUGGACAAAACCACUCAGCUAACAAACUACUGCUGACAGCUAUGAGUUUAGCGACGGGACCGCUCUCGUACCAGAAGCAAAGUCACCUGCAUGUGUCCUGUUAACGAUUUCUGUGUAAUUCCUCUCGCCGCCAGAAGGAGGAGACGCAAUGCCCACAGUGGCGCUUUAAAGGCAUUUCUUACGUUUGUUUCUGUACCUUUAUAGAUUAUUUUAGGAACAUAGUUUUGUAUAAGAUUUUUAUCUUUCUAUAUUUUUUGUCACCUUUUCACAGCUUUAUUUUGUACUAAUUCGCAUUUUUGUUACUCAAAGCUUUAAGCCAAAAUAAAUGCUUUAUGUAUCAA